AUGAGUCUCAAAUCUUAUCAAUCAGCCCUCGUAUGGCUAGAGGCCGCACUUCAAGUGUUUUACUCACUGUGUCCAGCCUGGGGACCGAUCAUUACCCUGGCUAGUUAUAACAAGUUCAACAACAACUGUUUCAGGGAUUCCAUCAUGUUGACGUUUAUAUGUGAAGGGACCAGUAUAUUUGGUGGAUUCGUAGUGUUUGCUGUAGUUGGAUUCAUGGCUGAGAAGAAUGGAAUGACCAUACCGGAAGUUGUCACGUCAGGACCAGGUCUAGUUUUCAUGGCCUAUCCAGAGGCACUUGCUCAACUUCCACUGCCCAAUGUGUGGUCCGUGAUAUUCUUCCUAAUGCUGCUUAGUGUUGGACUGGACACUCAGUUUUCACACAUGGAAACGAUAGUGACAGCUUUGCUCGACCAGUUCCCUACCCUGAGGAGGAAAAGAACUAUUGUACAUGCCUUAGUCUGUGCCAUCUGGUUCUUGCUUGGACUUGUUUUAUGUUCCCAGGGCGGUAUGUACGUGUUCCAGCUAAUGGACUGGUAUAUCGGUCUGUCUAUACCGGUAUUUGGUUUCAUAGAGCUUCUUAUCAUUGGUUGGAUAUAUGGAACGGAGCGGUUCUCCCGUGACGUCACCAUGAUGAUAGGAUAUGGAAUCCCUGUGGUGAUGAGAAUUGCUAUCAUUUUUGUAGCGCCGGCUGCACUUCUGUUUGUGUUUGUUUUCGCGUUUGGUACAUAUGAAGCCCCAUCUUAUGGGGCCUAUAAAUACCCCACCUACGCCACUGCAGUAGGAGUAUUGAUAGGAACAGUCCCACUAGUACCUGUCGUUGUGAUGGCUUAUGUAGCCAUCAGGAAGAGUCAGGGUAAAACAUUCACAGAGAGAAUCACAAACGCAUGUAAACCCUCUCAGCACUGGAAACCUGCGUCAACAGAGCAUGCGCAAAGUUACGUGUAUCCUGAACUUCCGGAAUACAAAACAUUCUGGAGUCGACUCAAAGUGAAUAUUCUUGGAACAAAUGAUUACAGACCAUAAUAUGUCAUUGUAAACAUUAUACAUUGAUAUUUGCCGUAUUGUUUGCAUUAUGACUUUAGAUAAUUGGAAAUAUAUGCAUUAGUUAUAACAAAACAACUCUAAAUGACGUGAGAAUGUAUUUAAAGUAGUUAUUACUUAGGAAUUUAUUAUUACAUCAAUUUGAGGUGAAUGUUUGUCAUAUGUGAUGAAAUGGAGUUGAUCUGAGUCUUAGCCAUUUGUGAUGAGAUUGGGGUAAUAUUUAGCAAUUUGUGAUGUGACUUAGAUGAGAAUUGGCCAUUUGAGAUGUGUUUUAGCGCCUUGUGAAGAGAUUGAGAUGAGACUUUGCCGUUUGAGAUGAAAUUGAGGUGAAUCUUUACCAUUUGUGAUGAGAUUGAGGUAAUAUUCAGCAUAUAUGGAUGUGAUUGAGAUGAGACUUGGCCAUUUCAGAAGAUAUUGACAUGGUAUUUGGCGACAUGUGAUGUGGUUGAGAUGAGAUCUUGACCGAAGUUUGAACAUUUUAUCUGCCUCAACAUUACUAGAUAUUCCCCAUGGAGUAGUUAGUUGUCAGUUACUGUUUAUAUAUUAAAUAUAUCGUGUAAUUUA